AUGCAUAGUUUAAUUGUGCUCGUUCCCGUGUGUCUGGCGGUCGCUAGCGGUGGCUACGUCGAACACUACCAGGGUGCUACGAGUUUUAGCUCCAUCGAUCUGCCCUCGGUGCCCUUCCAAGCGAGCAAACUUACAUUGUCGAACCCAUCAACGGUGGCGGUCAUAAAAGACGCGACCGAUCACGCGCCGUUCUCGAAAAUAGUUACCUACGAACCGAAGCCAGCAAUUAGUGCUGUCUACGCGGCACCGAUCGCGAAAACGCUCACCUACGGCAGCGCUCCCGUGCAGUAUGCUUCCAGUCAUCAUUACGAUGUUCCCGCGCCGGCGCCGGAGUGUACGCUGAAGGAGCAUAAGCUCAUCGUGCCAGUUCAAACGGCGGUACCAGUGUAUGGUGCACCAGUCACCGCUAGCCACUCGCUUUGGGGACAGUCAGGAUCCUCCGGACAAAGCUCUCACGGUCAGCUAGCGACGCAAACCAUCUCUCACAGCUACAAGCCGAUUUCGAGCGAACUAACUCAAUCGCCGGCCUACGCAAGCAGCUUCCCAAUUGGGGGUUCUUUGACGCACCACUAUUCGGCACCAGCUAGUAGCGUCAUCUACUCUCCUCCUAAGGUUUCGUUUAGCGCAGGAUCACAGCAUGCGUUCACCUCCGGUCAUCAGUCCACAAAUUUUGGGGUCUCUAAAGGGUACGGUGGAUCACCGACUCCGAUCGUACACACUCUCGUCGAUGUAGCUCCGUCAACGCUCGUUCACAAACCCGCAACAUCGAGCUUUGGAAUUUCGGCCCAAAAUCCUGCCCUUCACUUGGUGUCUCAGCCGAGCUAUACUCCUGCCAAAAUCAGCUCGUCCUCUAGCUAUCAAACAACGGCAGGUGGUUGGAAGGAAUCGAACUCUGGUUAUGCGACAUCUCAUCAGUACCAAUCGUCAUCCGUUCCCAUAAAGACUUCACUGAGCUAUGUCGCACCUGCCAUUAAAGCUCCUUCGAUGAUCGGUACCACCACGUUCUCUGGAAACUCCGGCUGGAAAGGAUCCAACGUUGGUCAGACGCACUAUUCUUCGGCAAGCGAGUCCUCCAAGAGCCAAAGCCAAAGUUUCGCCACCUCAAACAGCUAUUACACGCCGACGGCGGCCAUCACCCAGCAGUACCUUCCACCGAAAACCACCGUAAGUGUGCCAGCAGCGAUCGAAAGCUUCGGUGCUUCGUCGACAUCGCACGCGUCAUCCGUAAACGUUGGAAAGGACACGCCGUCGCGGGAGUACUUGCCAGCCCGGGAGUAUCUGCCUCCAGUGCAGGAGAACAAAGGCGCUACGACAGCUACAUCCACAGCACACGUCGGUGUGACUCCGUUGAAGAUCACGUCCAGCAAAGUCCCACAGCAGGCAAGAUUUCACGUAAGCUCUCAAGGUGCGCAGUAUGGUAUCGUAUCACCGCUGCAUGUUUCCGUGCACAAAACGCCCAUUCUAGCGCCCACGUUGCUGCACGACUGCGCCCAAGAUCAUCAGCGGCUUCAUUAG